AUGAUGUUUACCAUAUCUGAAGAUUCCCUAAAGAAACUAGAAGCUUUCAUGACUCAACAAACUCAGAACAGGAUCGAUUUGAAGGCGGCAGUAAAAACCUUGCAGGCCAAGCAAACAUCUCUGGAAGAAGGGCUGUUGGCACAAAGCCAAAACAAAAGCAAAAAACGUUUUAGGUCAGAGGAGAAUGAGGAGGAAAGCGUAGAAGAGGAAGUUGAGAUGGCGCGGUUUGAAGACCCCCACGAACAGGGUCAGGGAAGAGGAAUAGGGGUAGGUCUCGGCGUCAAUCCAAAUAGCAAGGGACAGACAGCAUCAAUGGUAGGUGGUCGAGGCAGGGUUUUUUUUAAGGAACCGCCUUGUGGGGUAGGAAGAGGAAUAGGGAGGAGUUACGACUCCUGGCGAAUGAAGGAUCCACAACCAUUCAAACAUAAUUGGGAACCACCCAAAUUUGAUGGGUUCAAUCGCCGGGAACCAUAA